AUGUCUCCGGCAUUCGAAAGGUUGGGUCACGAGACGAUUAGAGCUACCGCGUUUCUUCUGAUACCUACCGAACUCCUCUACUUUUCUAUCUAUUUUUUACUCAAGAGACAAUAUGGAACGUAUAAGAAAUUAUCAGCGUUAGCACUAGUCACGUUUUGCUUAAGUACUUGGAUGAAUCCUAUUUCUUGUGGACCAGUAGCUGCUUUGAGGAAUUUCGCCAUUGGAACCGGAAUCUUCAAAAUCCUAGAUAUCUAUGCCCGACAUCUUUCACUCCCCCAACUCAAAAAUGACCCUCCAACCUACAAACAUGCACUUCUACUCCUAACAGAAAUGCGUUAUGAAUCUUUCACACCAAAUUUCAUCCCUGUUUCUCGAUCUCAGGGAUCUUUUAACGAAUCCCUUCAAUUCGCCAUCCAUAUUGCCAUUUUCUGUUCCUUGCAAAUGUUACCACAGGAUUGGGCGCUGGUAUUGGCUUUUGAGGUGGAGUUAAGUAUUUAUAUUACUUGGACAGCUAUUCAGCUAUUGGUGAAAUAUAGAAGUAGCCCGGCGCUUUUUGGAAAAUUGUAUGCAGUGGAAAGUUUGGGGGAUUUUUGGUCAAAAACAUGGCACAAUGCAUAUUCUGCGCCAUGUGCCUCUCUCGCUUAUAAGCCCCUCCGUCAAACUCUACCCAAAUUAGGUGUCCCAGUCCCGAUCGCCAGGUCAGCUGGGGUCCUCGCGGCAUUUCUCCUCAUGGCCAUUUUUCAUGUUUACUGCUUAGCGCCGAUGCUAACGGAAAAAGCACUUUUCCGAGUUGGAAUGUUUUUUGUUCUAAAUGGAUUUGCAACGGUAGGAGAGACGAUGGUUUGGGGAAGGAAAGAAAGUUGGAUUAAGACGAUUUUGGCGUGGAUAACGGAAAUGGGAUUGGCGGCUUGGACGGCAAGCGCGUUGGGGAUCCCGAGGGGAAUUAAUGGGAUUAGAUGGGCGGAACUUUGUGAGGUGAGGGUGUAG